UCCAAAAUUUUGCAAUGCAUUCCGAGCUGCUACUGUUCACGAUCUUUGCCUCCUUGCAGCUACUACCGAGCAUCACCAAUGGCGCCACCGUGGACGCAAGCUGCCCGCCGGCGACGUGCGGGAACCUGACCAUCACCUACCCGUUUUGGCUGGGUGACCGGGAUCAGUCCUCCUGUGGCCCGCCAGCGUUCCGGCUCACGUGCAACAACACAGAAUUGGGUCCCUUCCUACGCAACUCCUACAUCAAGGUCCUCGGCUUCGACUAUGGCCGCCGCUCCCUCGUGGCCGUGCACGCCCUCCUCGCCGCCGACGCCGCGUGCACUGUCAUGUUCAACGUGUCCUCCGCCUUCGCGAUCACUGACCGGUUCAGAAUUAGCCCCAGCAACCGGGAGCUCUAUGUGCUGUCCAGCUGCAAAGAGAGGCUGCCGCCGGCGAGCUCUGUGCCGGUGAUCAACUGCAGAGCGAACAGCAGCGGCAUGUACGCGUAUCUUGGGGGAAGCUAUGGCACGGGGCAGGCACCGGCGAACAACGGGGGCUGCGAGGUCUCGGUGUUCCUGGUGCUCGGCUCCGGCAACGCCGCCGACAGGACGGCGGCGAACUACAGACGGCUUAUAGCGGGCGGGUUUCUAUUGGAGUGGGAGAACGUCGGUGACUGCAACGCCUGCACAGCAAGCGGCGGCCGCUGCCGGUACGAUGCCAGCACGGCGGCGUUCGCGUGCCUGUGCUCGAAUGGCGGCAUGAAGCCGUCAACUUGUGUAUCUCUGUCUGCUGUGGCUAGCUUUACUUUUGCUUCUCUUGCUUGGCUGAUGUACCGUAAGAGGCAAAAAUUCAGAUCGGCAAUCUGCGGAAUUUACUCUGGCAAUACAUCAAGUGAAGAAGAAAUGUUGAGAAAAUGCGAAUCUCUUGCUCUGAAAAAGUAUAAAUACUCUGAGCUGAAGAAAAUAACUAAAUCAUUCGAAGAUAAUUUAGGGGAAGGUGGUUAUGGCGUAGUAUUUAAGGGAAGACUACAAGAUGGCAGAAUAGUUGCAGUGAAGCUCUUGACAGCAUCGAAAGGCAAUGGAGAGGAUUUCCUAAACGAAGUUAUGAGCAUCAGUCGGACAUCUCAUGUUAACAUUGUCAGUCUACUUGGUUUUUGCUUAGAGGGAUCGAAGCGAGCGCUUGUCUAUGAGUACAUGUCUAAUGGUUCUUUGGACAAGUACAUUUAUUCAGAGAGUUCAAGACUAGCCAAAGGAUGGGAGAUGCUGCUAAAAAUUGCAAUUGGCAUCGCACGAGGAUUGGAGUAUCUACACCAAGGCUGCAACACCCGCAUCAUCCAUUUCGAUAUUAAGCCUCGCAACAUCCUCCUAGAUCAUGAGUUUUGUCCGAAAAUUGCAGAUUUUGGUUUGGCCAAGCUAUGCCACGUCAACGAGAGCAUCCUUUCAAUGGCGGAAGCGAGAGGAACCAUUGGUUUCAUUGCUCCAGAAGUAUUCUCUAGAGGAUUUGGAGUCGUGUCAACCAAAUCAGACGUUUAUAGCUACGGGAUGAUGCUCUUGGAAAUGAUCAAAGGAAUGAAGAAUCUAAAAGGAAUUGCAGAUAAUUUAACUGAAACGUUUUUCCCACAAUGGGUUUAUGAUCGUCUGGCGAGUGAGAUGCAACGUUGUAAAGUAGCAAUUGGAACCGAAGAGGUUGCAAGAAAGAUGACUAUAGUUGGAUUGUGGUGCAUACAAAUGACACCUGAAACUCGACCUUCGAUGAGCAGAGUCAUAGAGAUGCUGGAGAGGAGCAUCAGUGAACUGGAAAUGCCGCCCAGACCAUUCCUCUGCUCUCCGAUUCACUCAACCAAUGUGUCAUCUUGUAAAUCAGACAAAUUUACAACGUAUACAUCAUCGUGAU